AUGACCGAACGUCUUAUUCACAAUCAUUCUUCGUCGAUAAACGGUAAUCAGAAGUUAAACUUACUCUUCGAUGCAAAUUUACUUCAAUCGGCCUUCAAAGAAUAUGCAUCGAAAGAUCCAAAACUUCAGGGAAAUAUUUACAAUGGAAGAUACUUGAUUCGACCUUUAGCUGCAUCUGAUUAUGACCAUGGUUAUGUCGAUUUACUCCGUCAAUUGACCGAAUGUGGAAAAUACUCGUUGGAAGACUUUGAAAAGCGUUUCUUUGAUAUGAAACAGUGCGCAAAUACGUAUUACAUUCUCAUCAUUGAAGAUUUGGAUUCUGAUAAGCAAAUCAUCGGUUCAACAACACUGAUUUGCGAAAAGAAAUUCAUUCGCCAGUUAGGCAUUCGCGGUCGAAUCGAAGAUGUAGUUGUUGAUCAUCAUUAUCGCGGUCAACAACUCGGCAAAUUACUGAUUGAACUAUUAACAAAAUUCGCCAAAGAACAAUGUGAUUGUUACAAAGUUUCGCUUGAAUGUAAAGACAAUCUCGUCGGCUUUUAUCAACAAUUCGGUUAUGAUCAUGAAGAUCAACAAAACUAUCUCUGUCAACGCUUUCAAAAGUCGAAUUGCAUAGUUUCUGCUCGAUUGCUUCUCCAUUGCAUAAUCCAAUCUACAGGAGAAAAAUGA